UGUUUACUGCCGGGCGGGUGCAGAGCGCAGGGGCGGGGCGCGCAGCUACCAUGGCCUUCCGCAGCGCGGGCACUUUGCUCACCGACUUCAAUGCCGCCUUCCUGCCCCCCGGCCUCAUGCCCGGGUACCAGGGCCACAUCCCCGGGGUGGCCUUCUCCUUCGGCUCGCCCUACGGCUCCACCACCUUCAAGCACUUCCAGGACGAGCGCCGGGCGGCCAUGGAGAGGACCUCGCGCCGCUCCCGGGAGGGCCGCCUGCCCGCCGUCCCCGGGCCCGCGCCCGCGCUGCUGCUCAGCGCCCCCUACCGGCCGCACACGCGCUUCAACCUCGACUUCGGCCGCUCCGGGCAGCUCACGCACUUCUACCACCAAGUCCAGCAGCACCGGACACAGUACCUGGACCAGACGGGUGCUGUGCCGCGCGUCCCCUACUUCGUGCUGCCCGUGAAGGAGGAGGAUCGGUACCCCCUCCCCACCGACCUGCCUCCCCUGACCUCGAAGGAGAAGUGGCACAUUUUGAGAGUGUCCCCCGAGAACCUGCACACCUACCAGACGUUCCCGUCGGGGAAGAGGGUGUCCCCGCAGGAGCGAAGGAGAAGAAACCUUUACUUUGAGUUCCGCGCAUGA